UGAAGAUAUGACUGGGAAUCCUGCUGAGAGCUUGGAGUCGGAGCUGCACUUUCUGGCAAAGCAUAGCUGUGCUUGCUCCAGAACAGCAUCCGGUUAUUUACAGGGCAGUCAGAGCCAAUCUUCAAGAGCAUCAGCCCAAAGGAGGAAGGCAGGGAGCUUUCCUGCGAAGCUGGAAACUGAGUCACUCCUGGAUAGAAGAUGAAGGAAUCCAGGCAGAAGCCACUGCACUUCAGACCAGAGUCCACGCAAUAGGAAACAAGGAAUGGAAUCAUAGAGUUGGAAGGGGCCUAUAAGGCCAUCAAGUCGAACCCCCUACUCAAUGCAAGAAUCCAAAUUACAGCAUACCCGACAGGUGGCUGUCCAGCUGCCUCUUGAAGGCCUCCAGGGUUGGAGAGACUACCACCUCCCUAGAUGUCAAAAGGAGGCUGCAGAUGAUCAGAGAACAUCUCUAGCAACUCAAGUCCACAAAAGUAACAUAUCUGGUGUGAGAUGGCAGAUCAACCAAAAAGCUGUGUUAAGCUGGGAUCUCACAACUAGCAUCCCAUUACACUGGAGACCAACGGUGGUGAAUUUCCCAAGAAGAACAGAUUGUAUUUUCCACCUUGUUUUCAGCCAAACCCAGCCUCUUUUGUUCUUGGAGAGUGGACUGCAGGCAUUCAGAGAAACCUGCAGUUGGCUUUAGGCUAGAGGGCAUGUUCUCUGGUCACUUCUAGCCUGAGUGGUUGUUGCAAAUACACCUUUUACUGGAAGGGAGAAAGUGCCUAACCUGUGAGCAGGAUGGCGGCAUGGGAGAAAUGCCAGCAUGGGAUCAAGGCUCCACUGGUGAUAGCCAUGUACUUCUUCUCCAUGUUGGUUGCAGCCAACAGCCUGCGGUGCUAUCAGUGUGUGGGAAUGUUCCAUGAAUGCGUCCAGGCGGAGCAGCUGUGUACGCCCAGAGACCGCUCCUGCUUUGCAUCUACCAUCAAACUCUUCUAUAAGAACAACUACACUGAGGUGUUUAUGCUGCCAGACCUAGAAAUAGCUGAGUACGUGAUGAAAGGCUGCUCUGGGGAGGGCGUAUCCAACCGCACGGCCAACGUGUAUUCUGAAGAUGACCAAGAGGUGCACAACGCAUACUACUGUGACUCAGACCUCUGCAACAUCCGUUUCACAGGCGCUCCUGCCAGUAGCCCCCAGGUGGCCAACGGCAUGGAAUGUUACAGCUGCUUCGAUCGAGGCACGGGAGAGUGUGCCCCAGGCAAUGCCACCCGGAUCAAGUGUUUGGGGGACAUGAACCAGUGCAUGGAUUUUACUGUGAUCAACGGUGCCUGGAAAAUGACCUACCGGACGUGCGCCCUGGAGACACUCUGUCGCCGGCAGUAUGUGCUCCCAGACCUCUCGGGGAGGCUGGAUAUCAGUUGCUGUUCCACCCCUCUGUGUAACGAUGGCCGCCCUGGGCUGAAGAGCCUCUGUAGCCACUUUUCAGAGCAAGGGAUCAAGCGGAAGCCAGAGAAUGGCCUGGAAUGUGCCAGCUGUUGUGACUCAGGACUGGGUGAAUGUGCCCCAGGAAACUGGACUCACGUCAAGUGCGUUGGGGACCAGAACAUGUGUGUGAAUGUCACAGAAGGAGGCCAGACAUUGCUGCGCAGCUGCAGCCUGGAGAAGCUCUGCAGGGAGAGGCCGCAGCUGCUCGGCCUGGGCAAGAACGCUUCGAUCCGAUGCUGCUCCGGCUCCCUUUGCAACCACAGCAUGACGCCAGCCGCCGGCACGGCACGGAUGCAUCUGCUGCUUCCUGCUGUCCUGAUGAUGAUGUGGCUACUCUGAUGCACCCCUGAGGACGCAUGGACUGCAAGGAAAGGGAGAAGAGCAGAAAGCAUUUGACCAGCACUGUGUGUGCUAUUGCAUUCUCCCCUCCGGUGCCACUAGGUCACUUGCGCUCGUCCACCAUGCAUCACAUGCCCCUGUAUAUUGCAGCCUGCGGCCCAACAGCGUUGCACUCAAGUCUGGAUUCUACUGCUCGAGCCUACGUGACUGCGUCCUCAGUGACUCCUGCUUCCUACUUCCGUAAAGAGGAAUGUUCAGGGAGGCUUUUUACAAGGUUCAGUUUCCGGGCAAAGGAAGAGAGGUCUGUUUACAAGUUAAGGAGGGCGAGGGCAAUAGGCUGGCAGACACCUAGACUGGUGGUACUAGUCCCUCUGAAAUAACAUCAGUCCCCACAGAGCAACCACACGCCCUUGCGGCUCUUUGAGGCUGCUUCUUGCCUGCCCAACCUCCAAAGCCUGGCUUUGUUCUCUUUCGCUGCCCUGAUUGAAACUGCAGAACCGUUUCCUUCGCCCCCUUAUAACAAGGAAGGUGGUGCUAGGACACAAACGGUGAUGCCUUGUCAUGACCGCUUGUCAUGUAAGACCACUAAGCGAGCACCUUCAGCUCUCUCUAGCUACACCGAAGCCUAGAAAGAGAAGCAUAUUGUGGAGGCUCCUCCAGCCGCAUGAACCAUUUAUUGAACAUUCUGAUUUGCUUGCACAAAGCUUAAUGCGGACGUUAGAUUAUAUUGAGUCUUUACUGAGCAUUCAUUCUGAUUUGUUUCCAAGGUGAUUAUAUGAUAAUCUACAUUCAUCCUGGUUGGGUUGUACGGUGGUUAUGCCUUUUCCCAUUAAUCAUUCAUUCAUUCCAAUGCAUUUCCUGGUCAAUUUCCUAACCACUAAAUGUCUGUCUGUGUGUUUUUAACGUGGAUUUGUUACACCAGGGCAGCCGAGUGUUUCAAUAAUUGCAUAGACCUAAAUAUCUGGUAUACGCUUGAGUGCCUCCCACAAAAUGCUGACGGUCUGGAGGUGACCUGGCAUAACCAACCAUCAUGCUUAUAGCCUCCAGCCCUUGCUGUUUUUUGUUGUUGUGGGUGCUGUUUUCUCCACUGCCUCAAGGCUGUAGGUGUUGUUCCAUGCCGCCACCGUAACGUGUCGUGUGCUCGUGUCACCUGUGGAGUGUGAUUACACUGCACAGCAGAGAGUAGCAUAAGCCCACUGAGGCGCAGGGCUGCCCGAAGCAGCAGAAAUGAAGAGGUACCAAGAUAAUAGGAGAAACCCUCGUGCAUGGAACAUAAUUCACCCCACUUCAUUCUUAGGGCAACAGGGCCAAAUGGGACCUUGUGCGUCACUCCUUUCUCUGGAGCAGAGAGUCAGAAGUUGGGAACAACCUUGAGGGGUUUAUGUCAUCCUGCUCCCCCCUAAUGCAAUAAUAUUGGGAGGAGAGAGACUGGCGGAUUCCGUUUGGGUGGGUUUUGUGAUUCAACCCCUGGCGUGGGUGUAUUCACUGCAUUUUAUUUGUAUUGUAAUUCUAGCGUUUGCUGUUUGUGUUUUAGACGUCAAACAUUAGAUGGAACUUCUUUACAGUAAGGGCAGUUCGGCAAUGGAACCGACUGCCUAGGGAGGUGGGGGAAUCCCCUUCGCUGGAUGUCUUCAAGCAGAGGCUGGACAGCUAUCUGCGGGAGAUGCUCUAGCUGUGGAUUUCCUGCUGUGAGCAGGGGGUUGGACUCCAUGGCCUACAAGGCCCCUUCCAACUCUAGGAUUCUAUGAUUCAUUCUUUUGUCUUUUCAAAUUAGCUGUACGCUGCCUUGAUGUGAAAGGCAGUUUGGAUUUUAAUUUUUAUUAGUAAAUAAAUAGACAAUCAUGCUCAGCGAUGACAUCGUAACGGCUUGGCCCCUGCCCAAGAGCCUCAAGCAGGAAUGUGCAACUUUGAUGGCGUUGAGAGCUUUGGUAUUGUGGACAGACGUCCAAUGGUGCAGCAAAGCAGCACUGCGUUACUCCAAAGUCUGUUUCAGCAACACGGUCCCUUGUCUCUGACUUUGCGUUGCAGAGCAAGACACAGCAGAGGCACAUGUGGCCCUUUACAGAUGAUCAGAAAAUAGGUUAUGAGAAUCUCUCCUGGCUCGAGGGCCUUCAAAUCUAGCCAUUGGUACAAGGGAGACAGCAGAGGACAGGGAGGGAAACGGUGCUGGGGUAAACCAAGGAAGCAUAUGCCAAGGCUUCAGGGGCAUGUUCUUGAGCUUAGUUACAGGAGGGCAGGGAACCAGUGGCCCUCUGGAUGCUGCGCUCAGGUCCCACAUUCAGGCUUCCCAUAGGCAUCUGGCUGCCCACUGGGAGAACAGGAUGCUGGACCAGGUGGGCCUUUGCCCUGAUCCAGCAGGAUGCUCCUCACAUUCUUAUGUUGUUGGACCCCAAGCCAGCCUGGCCAAUGGUCAGGGAUGAUGUAGCCCAGCAAUAUCUGGAGGGCCACCACCCCUGCAAGGUCAGGCUACAAAGGGCUGUCGGUUUGUGGCCAAAGACCUCAUGGAACAGGUCUUAAGCCUGAAGAGUCAUAGCUCAGCAGUAGAGCAUCUGCUUUGCAUGCCGAAUGUUCCAGGUUCAGUCCCUGGCAUCUCCAGGUAGGGCUGGGAGAGUGGCCCCCCUGAAGCCCUAGAGACUUGCUGCCAGCUAGCAUAGACAGCACUAUGGACCAGUGGUCAGACUCGGGAUCCGGGAGCAACCGACGUUCCUAAGAAGCAGGCAUGGGAAACCAAGAAUUCUCUCAAGCUGCCUCUGACCACAUUGGGUGCUCUGUGCCAAGCGGGAGGGGUGGUUCUGUUGGGAUGAUGGGCCUGUCUCCAGGCUUGGGAAUGACCUUGCUGCUCUUUGGACUGGUCCUGACAUAUCCUACUGUGUGUGGGGUGGAAACAGCAGCACAGCAGAAAACCAGGAUCUGGACAAAACAGGUCACAUCCCACCCCCUUCUGUAAAAAGAAAAAGAUCUUGCGCUAGAAACUGUGUCGCCCAUGUUAGUCUGGGAGUGACAUCUACCUGUAGUGUGAAUGUUCUUGAAGAGGAGAAGGCUGAGGCCUAACAGCGCAUACAGUUUGCCACCUGGGGUUUGGGUAUGAAAUGGGUGCCAUCUGUUACUCCAAAGGGCAGGACCUGAACUAAAUGGGUUCACAGUGUCGCUUCAGAUUACAAGAAAGGGGAUUUAGAUGAAACAUCAGGAAGAACAUCCUGAUCUGCUUGAUCUGCUUGAGACUGGAAUAGUCUUGUCUCAGAAGGUGGUGAACUCUCCUUUGUUACAGGUUUUAAACAGAGGCUGGAUGGUCACCUGUCAAGAAUUCUGUAACCGAACAUUUUCUGCAUCAACAGGAGGUUGAACUAGAUGACCUCUGAGUUGUUUUCCCUCCAGCUCUAUGAUUCUGAUUUGCAUCCUACCCCACUUUAAACUGCUUGCAGAGGCAUCAGGAAAUGGGCUACUGUGAUAGAACUUUGCUGCCGCCUUGUGAUGAGUGAGAUAAGUUGCUAGGAGAGGAGAACCCAGGAGGGUUGUUCUUCAUUAUUUCUUGCUAUUGUCACAGAAGCAGCCCGCUAUCUAUACAAAAGUAAGAACUCGGGUUUCACAAAAAGUUUUGCUAAGGAGGAAGUUUGUUUUCAAAUCGGUUUUUGAAAAUAGCCAUGGAAAAUUGUUACAUAAAAUCCAAUCUGCAACAGAGAAUAAUGGAAAAUUCAGUACCAAAUCUGAACCGGGUGGAAUUCUAGCACAUUGCUAAAUCACAUAGGAUUCAUCUAAGAUUUGUGCAGAGCACCAAGCUCCACUCCUGAGCCGUACCUUAGGACCGGAGCAAGGAACCUCAGGCCUGAGCCCCAAAUCUGGCCCCCCAGGACUCUCUACCUGGCCCUUGGGACUUUCCCUAGGCCACACCCCUCACUGGCCUUGCUUCACACCUCUUUGAGUAUUUAUGCCUGGCUAGACUAUAUCCUUGAACUCCCAUAACGACUCUUGCAUACCUGGACAGAGGAUGUAGAGGGAUGUGUGAAUGUGUGUAGAAUGUAUGUACAGUAGCCUACUGUGCAAAGGUAAUAUUUUCAUUGAUUGCUGUGCCCACUUUCCCCAUUGGUCUCAUCCAACACUGGCAUGUGGCCCCCAGAGGAUUGCCCAAAAGGGAAUGCUGCUCUUGGGCUCCAAGAGGUUCCCCAUCCCUGACAAGGAUGCUCUUUGGCUAUUGGGACGCUGUGUGCGGACAGCAGCUUUGCUGAGUCUCCAAAGUGGUACCAACUCAGCAACCAAAUGAAGGAGAGGGAAACUUCUCAGCAACUCAGAAGAAAAUAUAUCAGACCAACCCAAGAAGGUGCCACAGACGCAUACAGCGCUUAUCCUGCAACAAUGGGGAAAUGACUGGCCUUUCUCUGCUCAGUCGCUCAUUCAUCUUCACCAGCAGAUUCUGGUCAAAAAGAGGGAGCGAAGGUUUGGAUGUAAGUGAGAUGAGAAAAUUGUGCAGGGCUGAUUUAUAUUCUUGAGUGCUGGGAGUUCUUGCUAGAACGAAUCUACUUUCUCAGUGUUGCAUGAGAAACUCACUUCUAACCCAGAGUUUUCUGCCAAGUGCUGAUGAACUAAGAUCACCCCAUAUGUGUCAAAAAGUAGCUCUGCAAGUCUUUGGGCCUGCUUCCUCCAUCGAAAUAAAUGUGUCAGAGCAGAUGCACAGUUCUGGGCAACUCUGCAUAUUAUCAUGAGGUACAGAAACAUAACCUCAAAACAACGCAAGCAGGGAUUCUCAUGGUAAGGGUCCCUCCAGCCAACCUGUUUCUUGCACAUUUACGAUGAUUUGUGCUUGUAAAGAUGCAGUAAUGGCCACCAGCUUGGAUGGCUUUAAAAGAAGAUUAGACAAAUUCAUGGAGGACAGGGCUAUCAAUGGCUACUAGCCAUGAUGGCUGUGCUGUGCCACCCUAGUCAGAGGCAGCAUGCUUCUGAAAACCAGUUGCUGGAAGCCUCAGGAGGGGAGAGUGUUCUUGCACUCGGGUCCUGCUUGCAGGCUUCCCCCAGGCACCUGGUUGGCCACUGUGAGAACAGGAUGCUGGACUAGAUGGGCCACUGGCCUGAUCCAGCAGGCUCUUCUUAUGUUCUUAUGUUCUUAUGUUCUUAUGUUCUUGUGACGUGGAGUGGUCACAUCUGAUUCCAUUUUCAAUACUGUUUGCAGUUGCAAAAUGUUUUGGGGUGGUCACACCACUUUAUUUCCAAUGGAUGCAUACACUGGAACCUCCUGCUAAAAACGUGCAACUUUUCAUGCCACAAAUGUUC